AUGAACGGGCUGCAGAAGCCUGGGCUUGGGAGAGCCCGAGUAGAAGGCGCCUGCGCCGCGUUCCUCUCUCCCACCCCAUCCAACGCCGGCCGCGACGCACGGUCCGUGCUCCCCGGGCGCGGGCUGAGUGACGGCCGACAGGCCGCGGACUCCCGCUCCCGUGGUGCCCCGCGCGCGGCCGGCCCAGCCUCCGGCUCCCGCCGGCCCUGGGGCGGCGCUGGUUGUUGUAGCCGGGGCCGCGGCCGGGGCCGGGGCUGGGGCCCGAGCCGGGGCUGGGUGCCAGAGGAAGAGAGCAGUGACGGGGACUCGGACGAUGAGGAGUUUCAGGGUUUUCAUUCAGAUGAAGAUGUGGCCCCCAGUUCCCUGCGCUCUGCGCUCCGAUCCCAGCGAGGUCGAGCCCCCCGAGGCCGGGGCCGCAAGCAUAAGACGACCCCUCUUCCGCCUCCUCGCCCAGCAGAUGUGACACCCACCCCCCCCAAGACCCCCGCCCGGAAACGAGGUGAGGAGGGCACAGAACGAAUGGUGCAGGCACUGACUGAACUCCUCCGGCGGGCCCAGGCGCCUCCAGUCCCCCGGAGCCGGGUGUGUGAGCCCUCUACCCCUCGUCGGUCUCGAGGCCGGCCCCCAGGAAGGCCAUCAGGACCCUGCAGGAAGAAGCCACCAGCAGUAGUAGUAGCAGAAGCAGCUGUGACAAUCCCCAAACCUGAGCCCCCACCUCCUGUGGCUCCAGUAAAAUACCGGACUGGCAGCUGGAAGCACAAAGAAGGACCAGGCCCAGGUCCUGGGACCCCCAAACGUGGAGGACAGUCUGGCCGAGGAAGCCGUGGUGGCAGAGGUCGGGGCCGAGGUGGCCUCCCACUUGUGAUCAAGUUUGUUUCAAAAGCCAAAAAAGUGAAGAUGGGACAGUUGCAUUGUGAAUCAGGUCAGGGUCAAGAUCAACAUGGGGAAAACUGUCAGGAUCCUCCUCUAGGAAGAGUUGGAUCUGAACAGGAAGGGGACCCCUGCUGGGAAAAGCAGGAGCAGAAGCUAGAAAAAGAAGAAGAUGAAGAGAAAAGAAAGGAGGAAGGGGAAGAAAAGGAAGAGAAGCCUGUAGAUGAGGAAGAGGUGGUUCUAGCCAAGGAAAAGGAGGAGACCAAGCUGCUGUCACCACCCCUGACUCCUCCAGCCCCCCCACCUUUCCCACCCCCUGCAGCAUCUGCUCCUUCUCCUCCCCCAUUGUGUUCUCCACCAUCCCCACUGUCCCCCCCACCUCCACCAGUCCCUCUUCCAUCUCCUGCCCCAGAGGAGCAGGGCGAAUCCCCUUCUCCUGUGGUCCCAGUGGUCACGACCUGCUCUAGGAAGAGGGGCCGACCUCCUCUGACUCCCAGUCAGCGAGCAGAGCGGGAAGCUGCUCGUGCAGGCCCAGAGGGGGUUUCCUUGCCUAGUCCGACCCCCAGCACCACUACAGGAGGCCCUCUGGAAGACACUCCCACCGUGGCCCCUAAAAGUACCACCUUUCUAAAGAAUAUUCGGCAGUUUAUCAUGCCCGUGGUGAGUGCUCGGUCCUCUCGUGUUAUCAAGACGCCCCGGCGAUUUAUGGAUGAAGAUCCUCCUAAGCCCCCGAAAGUGGAGGUCUCACCUGUUUUGAGGCCUCCUGUUGUCGUUUCCCCACUGCCACCUCAGGAACCUGCCCCGGCCCCUUCUCCACCACGUGCCCCAACACCCCCACCUACCCCAGUCCCACUCCCUGAGAAGAGACGGUCAAUCCUAAGAGAACCCACAUUUCGUUGGACUUCACUCACCAGGGAAUUGCCUCCACCUCCUCCAGCCCCACCCCCGCUUUCUGUCUCUCCCCCUGCUUCUAUAACCCCAUCUAGAAGACCCCUGCUCCUUCGUGCCCCUCAGUUUACCCCAAGCGAAGCCCACCGGAAGAUCUAUGAAUCGGUGCUCACUGCUCCUCUUGGGGCUUCUGAAGCCCCUGAACCAGAGCCACCUCCUGCUGAUGACUGUCCAGCUGAGCCUGAGCCCAAGGCAGUGGGCCGGACCAACCACCUCAGCCUGCCUCGAUUUGCCCCUGUGGUCACCUCUCCCAUUAAGGCUGAGGAGCUCCCACAUGGGUCUCCAGCUCCAGGCAAUGGGCAGCAGCCCCCGCAGCCCCCAGUUCAGAUCCAGCAGCCCCCACAGACUUUGCAAGCUCAUUUACUACCCCAGGCGCUAUCACCACAGCAGCCCCAACUACAAUCACAGCUGCAGCCACCACCACUGGAAAAGACUCGGCUUACAGGCCUGGGCUCCUUACCACUCUCAGGGGUGGAGGAGAAGAUGUUUAGUCUCCUCAAGAGAGCCAAAGUGCAAUUGUUCAAGAUCGACCAGCAGCAGCAGCAGAAGGUGGCGUCUUCAAUGCCGCUGAGCCCUGGAGGGCAGAAAGAGGAGGCCAUGGGUACUGUCAAGCAGAUCCCAGACAGAGGUUGUGUCCGGUCCGAAGAUGAAUCCGUGGAAGCCAAGAGAGACAGACCCUCGGGUCCCGAAUCCCCCAUGCAAGGCCCCCGCAUCAAACAUGUCUGCCGUCAUGCUGCUGUGGCUCUGGGUCAGGCCCGGGCCAUGGUACCCGAAGAUGUACCCCGUCUCAGUGCCCUUCCUCUUCGGGAUCGGCAGGACCUCGCCACAGAGGAUACAUCAUCAGCAUCUGAGACUGAGAGCGUCCCAUCACGGUCCCAGCAGGAUAAGGCGGAGUUAGCAGGGCCUGGGGGGGACUCUGAGCCCACAGGGUCUGGGGGAACCCUGGCCCACACACCCAGGCGCUCACUGCCUUCCCACCAUGGCAAGAAGAUGCGAAUGGCACGGUGUGGGCACUGCCGAGGCUGCCUCCGUGUGCAGGACUGUGGGUCGUGUGUCAACUGCCUUGACAAGCCCAAGUUUGGGGGGCCCAACACCAAGAAACAGUGCUGUGUAUACCGGAAGUGUGACAAGAUAGAGGCUCGGAAGAUGGAACGUCUGGCCAAAAAAGGCCGGACGAUAGUGAAGACGCUGUUGCCCUGGGAUUCCGAUGAAUCUCCUGAGGCCUCCCCUGGUCCUCCAGGCCCACGCCGGGGGGCGGGAUCUGGGGGGCCCCGGGAGGAGGUGGUGGCCCCCCAAGGGCCCGAGGAGCAGGACUCCCUCCUACUGCAGCGCAAGUCAGCCCGGCGCUGCGUCAAACAGCGACCCUCCUAUGAUAUCUUCGAGGAUUCGGACGAUUCGGACCCUGGGGGUCCUCCCGCUCCCCGGCGUCGGACCCCCCGAGAGAGUGAGCUGCCAGUACCAGAACCUGAGGAGCAGAGCCGGCCUCGCAAACCCACCCUGCAGCCUGUGGUGCAGCUCAAGGCCCGGAGGCGCCUGGAAAAGGAUGCUGUGGCCCCUGGUCCUUUUGCUUCUUUUCCUAAUGGCUGGACUGGAAAACAGAAGUCUCCUGAUGGUGUGCACCGAGUCCGUGUGGAUUUUAAGGAGGACUGUGACCUGGAGAAUGUGUGGCUGAUGGGUGGCCUGAGCGUACUCACGUCUGUGCCAGGGGGACCGCCGAUGGUGUGCUUGCUCUGUGCCAGCAAAGGCCUGCAUGAGCUGGUGUUCUGCCAAGUCUGUUGUGACCCCUUCCAUCCCUUCUGCCUGGAGGAGGCAGAGCGGCCCCUGCCCCAGCAUCAUGAUACCUGGUGCUGCCGCCGCUGCAAGUUCUGCCACGUCUGUGGACGCAAAGGCCGAGGAUCCAAGCACCUCCUGGAGUGUGAGCGCUGCCGUCACGCUUACCACCCAGCCUGCCUGGGGCCCAGCUACCCAACCCGGGCCACCCGCAAACGACGCCACUGGAUCUGCUCAGCCUGUGUGCGUUGUAAAAGUUGUGGGGCAACUCCAGGCAAGAACUGGGACGUCGAGUGGUCUGGAGAUUACAGCCUCUGCCCCAGGUGCACCCAGCUUUAUGAGAAAGGAAACUACUGCCCAAUCUGCACACGCUGCUAUGAAGACAAUGACUACGAGAGCAAGAUGAUGCAGUGCGCACAGUGUGACCACUGGGUGCAUGCUAAGUGUGAGGGCCUUUCAGAUGAGGACUACGAGAUCCUCUCGGGGCUGCCGGAUUCAGUGCUGUAUACCUGUGGACCAUGUGCUGGGGCCACACGCCCCCGCUGGCGGGAGGCUUUGAGCGGGGCCUUACGGGGAGGCCUGCGCCAGGUGCUCCAGGGCCUGCUCAGUGCCAAGGUGGCGGGCCCACUUCUGCUGUGCUCCCAGUGUGGGCAGGACGGGAAGCAGCUGCACCCUGGGCCCUGUGAUCUGCAGGCUGUGAGUCGGCGCUUUGAGGAAGGUCACUACAAGUCUGUGCACAGCUUCAUGGAGGACAUGGUGGGCAUCCUGAUGAGACAUUCAGAAGGAGGAGAGACCCCAGAGCGCCGAGCUGGAGGCCAGAUGAAGGGGCUUUUGCUGAAACUGCUAGAGUCUGCGUUCAGCUGGUUUGACGCCCACGACCCCAAGUAUUGGCGGCGGAGUACCCGGCUGCCAAAUGGAGUCCUUCCCAAUGCGGUGUUGCCCCCAUCUUUGGACCAUGUCUAUGCUCAGUGGAGGCAGCAGGAGCCAGAGAUCCCAGAAUCAGGGCAGCCUCCAGGGGGCCCCUCAGCAGCUUUCCAGAGCAAGGAUUCAGCUGCUUUCUCACAUCUGGAGGACCCCCGACAGUGUGCACUCUGUCUCAAGUAUGGGGAUGCAGACUCCAAGGAAGCAGGGCGGCUCCUGUACAUCGGGCAGAAUGAGUGGACCCAUGUCAACUGUGCCAUUUGGUCAGCCGAAGUGUUUGAGGAGAAUGAUGGCUCCCUCAAGAAUGUGCAUGCUGCUGUGGCCCGAGGAAGGCAGAUGCGCUGUGAGCUCUGCUUGAAGCCCGGAGCCACGGUGGGCUGCUGCCUGUCUUCCUGCCUCAGCAACUUCCAUUUCAUGUGCGCCCGGGCCAGCUACUGCAUCUUCCAGGAUGACAAGAAGGUGUUCUGCCAGAAACACACAGACCUGCUUGAUGGCAAGGAGAUCGUGACCCCUGAUGGUUUUGAUGUUCUCCGCCGAGUCUAUGUGGAUUUUGAGGGCAUCAACUUCAAGCGAAAGUUCUUGACGGGGCUUGAACCUGAUGCCAUCAAUGUGCUCAUCGGCUCCAUUCGAAUUGACUCCUUGGGUACUCUCUCUGAUCUCUCGGACUGCGAGGGACGACUCUUCCCCAUUGGCUACCAGUGCUCUCGUCUGUACUGGAGCACAGUGGAUGCUCGGCGGCGCUGCUGGUAUCGGUGCCGAAUUCUCGAGUAUCGGCCCUGGGGGCCCAGGGAAGAGCCAGUCCACCUGGAGGCAGCAGAAGAGAACCGGACCAUUGUGCACAGCCCCACCCCUUCCUCAGAACCCCAAGAUCAUGAGAACCCGUUGUCAGAUAUGGAUACCCUUCUCCCUGGAACUCCUGAGCAUCACUCACUUGUUCAGAACCUGGAACCCCCGCUUCGGUCAGAUCCGAGUAGCGCCCUUCCUCUGGCCCCCCGCUCAUUCUCGGGGGCUCGAAUCAAAGUGCCCAACUACUCACCCUCUCGGAGGCCCUUGGGUGGUAUCUCUUUUGGACCCCUGCCUUCCCCUGGAAGCCCCUCUUCUCUGACCCAUCACAUCCCUACAGUGGGAGACCCAGACUUCCCAGCCCCCUCCAGACGCUCUCGUCGUCCCAGUCCCCUGACUCCAAGGCUGCCAUCAUCACGACGGGCCUCUUCCCCCCUCAGAACUUCCCCUCAGCUCAGGGUGCCCCCUCCUACCUCAGCCAUUACAGCCCUCACACCUACCUCAGGGGAGCUGGCUCCCCCUGGCCCAGCCCCGUCUCCUCCACCACCCACUGAAGAUCUGGGCCCGGACUUUGAGGACAUGGAGGUGGUGUCGGGACUAAGUGCUGCUGAUUUGGACUUCGCAGCCAGCCUGCUGGGGACUGAGCCCUUCCAGGAAGAAAUUGUGGCUGCAGGGGCCAUGAGCAGUAGUCACGGGGGCCUUGGGGACAGCUCAGAGGAGGAGGCGAGCCCCAGCACCCACUACGUCCGCUUCCCUGUCACUGUUGUGUCUAACCCUACUCUGACUCCUGGUGUGCUCCCUGGAACCCCUCGCAUCGAGCAGCUGGAUGGAGUGGACGAUGGCACAGACAGCGAGGCUGAGGCGGUCCAGCAGCCUCGGGGCCAGGGGGCUCCACCUUCAGGGCAAGGAGUGGGCCGGCCUGGGGUUGUCGGGGCCGCAGGGGACAGGACCCGACCUCCCGAGGACCUGCCAUCAGAAAUAGUGGAUUUUGUAUUGAAAAAUCUGGGGGGGCCUGGCGAAGGGGGUGCUGCCGCCAGAGAGGAGCCACAACCCUCACCACCGCCACUGGCCAAUGGCAGCCAGCCCCCCCAGGGCUUGCCUUCUAGCCCGGCUGACCCCACCCGGACGUUUGCCUGGCUCCCGGGAGCCCCAGGGGUCCGAGUGCUGAGCUUAGGCCCUGCCCCUGAGCCCCCCAAACCUGCCACAUCCAAAAUCAUCCUUGUCAACAAACUGGGCCAAGUAUUUGUGAAGAUGGCCGGGGAGAGUGAACAAGUCCCAUCCCCAGUGAAACAGCCACCCUUGCCCCCUCCCAUUCCCUCCACAGCCCCUACCUCUUGGACUCUACCACCAGGACCCCUACUGAGUGUGUUGCCUGUGGUUGGGGUGGUUCGCCCCGCCCCCCCUCCUCCACCCCCUCCCCUGACACUGGUGCUGAGCAGUGGACCCGCCAGCCCACCCCGCCAGGCCAUUCGUAUCAAGAGGGUGUCCACCUUCUCCAGUCGAUCUCCGCCAGCACCCCCUCCAAACAAAACUCCUCGACUGGAAGAGGAUGGGGAGUCCGUGGAGGAGAGCCCCCAGGCUCCAGCAGGAGCCCCUUCCUCACUGAGCAGUAGCAGGUUUAGCCGAGUGAGAAUGAAAACCCCCACAGUGCGUUGUGGUUUUGAGCUGGAUCACCCUGGUGAGCCCACUGGAGAGGAGAGCCCCGGGGUCCUCCAGGAACAGUCCCCCCUGCCAUCACUGGUGGACAGUGGUCCUCCUCAGGUCCCUGAUGGUCCCUCUGACUUACUGUUUGAGUCCCAGUGGCACCACUACUCAGGUGAGGCUUCAAGCUCCGAGGAAGAGCCUCCUUCCCCAGAGAACAAAGAAAACCAGGCCCCAAAACGGGCCGGCCCGCACCUGCGCUUCGAGAUCAGCAGCGAGGAUGGGUUUAGCGUGGAGGCAGAGAGCUUGGAGGGGGCAUGGAGGACGCUGAUUGAGAAAGUUCAGGAAGCCCGAGGGCAUGCCCGCCUCAGACAUCUCUCUUUUAGUGGAAUGAGUGGGGCGAGGCUGCUGGGCAUCCACCACGAUGCUGUCAUCUUCCUGGCAGAACAGCUGCCCGGGGCCCAACGCUGCCAGCACUACAAGUUCCGCUACCACCAGCAGGGAGAGGGCCAGGAGGAGCCACCCCUCAAUCCCCAUGGGGCAGCCCGGGCUGAGGUCUAUCUUCGGAAGUGCACCUUUGACAUGUUCAACUUCCUGGCUUCCCAGCACCGAGUGCUCCCUGAGGGGGCUGCUUGUGACGAGGAAGAGGACGAGGUACAGCUCAGGUCAACCAGACGUGCCACCAGUCUGGAGCUGCCCAUGGCCAUGCGCUUUCGCCACCUUAAGAAGACCUCAAAGGAGGCUGUGGGGGUCUACAGAUCGGCCAUCCAUGGACGGGGCCUAUUCUGUAAGCGCAACAUUGAUGCUGGCGAAAUGGUCAUUGAGUACUCGGGCAUUGUCAUCCGCUCCGUGCUGACCGACAAGCGGGAGAAGUUCUAUGAUGGGAAGGGCAUAGGGUGCUACAUGUUCCGAAUGGAUGACUUUGAUGUGGUGGAUGCCACCAUGCAUGGGAAUGCUGCCCGCUUCAUCAACCACUCGUGUGAGCCCAACUGCUUCUCCCGGGUCAUCCACGUGGAGGGCCAGAAGCACAUAGUCAUCUUUGCUCUGCGCCGCAUCCUGCGUGGUGAGGAGCUCACCUACGACUACAAGUUCCCCAUCGAGGAUGCCAGCAACAAGCUGCCCUGCAAUUGUGGCGCCAAGCGCUGCCGUCGCUUCCUUAACUGA